GCGCUGCGGGCGGCCGCCAUGUCCGCCUCUGCUUGCGCGCUUAUCCUGACAAAGCCAGAGACCGUGGGCCGGAGGAGGAGUGCAGGGACGGCCGAAGAGGCCGGGCGUCCCCCGGAGAUGGCUGUGUCGGAGCCCGGGGGCAGCGCCGCGGGAUCGGUAACAUUCAAAGACGUGACUAUGGCCUUUACCAAGAAGGAAUGGGAGCAACUAGAUCCUGCUCAGAGGAGCCUGUACAAGGAUGUGAUGCUGGAGAAUUACAGCAACCUAGCCUCGAUGGUAGGGUAUCAAGCUCUCAAACCAGACAUGAUCUGCAAGUUGGAAAAAGGAGAAGAGCUGUGGUUGGGGAAGGGGAAAAGCCCCAAACGAGGUGGUCUGAGUGAAACAGCAAGACCCAAGCAAAUAGGAGCCAGCGGAAGAGAAGUCCAGCAAGAUGAUGACCACCUAAAGAACUACCAGGAAUCUCAAAACAAACUCCUUAGGAAAGUUGCAUGCAAACAAAAAACUCUGACUGAGGAAAAAGGCAAUGAAUGCAGUUCACUGGGGGAAAACAAGGUGAGUACAAAACAUGUUUCUUCAAAAAAAGAGCUUCUUAAAUUUGAUUCUCCUGGAAAGAAUUUAGACUUACCUGGUCAUAUAAGAAACUAUGCAGAAAAGAAACCUGAUGUAGCUAAAAAGCGCAGGAAAUCAUUCAGCCAAAGCUUAUCUGGUACAAAGAAAGACAAAAAUCAAACUGGAAAAAAACAUGAGAAAUUAUCCAAUCAUAACUUGUCUAAUGGGCCUAACAAAAUUCAAACUGGCAAAAAACAUACUAAAUUGGACAUAAUUCAAUCUGGAGAAAAACAGGAAAAAUCAUCAAGCCAUAGCUCAUCUCCUGUUAAGCAUGAUAAAGCUCAGGCUAAAGUGAAACUGUAUGAAUGCAAUGAAUGUGGGAAGGUUCUCAGCCAUAAGCAAGGACUUGUUGAUCAUCAGAGAAUUCAUACUGGGGAGAAACCUUAUGAGUGUAAUGAAUGUGGGAUAGCCUUCAGCCAAAAAUCACACCUUGUUGUACAUCAGAGAACUCACACUGGAGAGAAACCAUAUGAAUGUAUUCAGUGUGGCAAAGCCCACAGUCAUAAACAUGCCCUCACUGACCAUCUGAGAGUUCAUACUGGGGAAAAGCCAUAUGAAUGUACUGAAUGUGGGAAAACCUUCAGACAUAGCUCAAACCUUAUUCAACAUGUGAGAUCUCAUACAGGCGAGAAGCCCUAUGAGUGUAAGGAGUGUGGAAAGUCCUUUAGGUAUAACUCAUCUCUUACGGAACAUGUGAGAACGCAUACAGGUGAAAUUCCAUAUGAAUGUAAUGAAUGUGGAAAAGCCUUUAAGUAUAGCUCAUCCCUUACCAAACAUAUGAGAAUUCAUACAGGUGAGAAACCCUUUGAAUGUAAUGAUUGUGGGAAAGCUUUCAGCAAGAAGUCACAUCUCAUUAUACAUCAAAGAACUCAUACUAAGGAGAAACCCUACAAGUGUAAUGAAUGUGGAAAAGCCUUUGGACAUAGUUCAUCUCUUACUUACCAUAUGAGAACUCAUACAGGUGAAAGUCCCUUUGAGUGUAAUCAGUGUGGGAAGGCCUUCAAACAAAUUGAAGGCCUUACUCAACAUCAGAGAGUUCAUAGUGGGGAGAAGCCCUAUGAAUGUAAUGAAUGUGGGAAGGCGUUUAGCCAAAAGUCACACCUCAUUGUGCAUCAGAGGACUCACACUGGGGAGAAACCCUAUGAAUGCAAUGAAUGUGGAAAAGCCUUCAAUGCAAAGUCACAGCUUGUUAUACAUCAGAGAUCCCACACUGGAGAGAAACCCUAUGAAUGUAAUGAAUGUGGAAAAGCCUUCAAACAAAAUGCAUCCCUUACCAAACAUGUGAAAAUGCAUUCAGAAGAGAAAUCGCAUGCGUGAAGUUAGUGUGGGAAAUCUGAACUAAAGAGUUUAUGUAACUUUAGAAGUAUUCUGAAUUUAAAGGAUGUUAGAAAGCCUUUAACAAGAAGUCACACCUCAUUACACGUGAGAGAAUUUGAAAAUGAAUCUUCACAUAGAGGAAAUGGAUGGAGAGUUUAAAUGAUACUAAACCUUUUAUAGAAAAUAUUGUUUUAAAAAUAAUUAUUAUAAAUGAUCUAUAUGUUCAGAUUGAAAUAUAAAGCUUUUAAAAUUGUUAAUAAAUUGAGUAAUCAGAGCACUAGAGAAACAAAUUACAUCUGCCGACAAAGUUCCCAAGUUGCUUGAGUGUUGUGUACUUAAGCAUCAUACAGGAGAACUGAAUUUGCGUAUCUCUUUAUUGCCGUGUGUAAAUGUGUGUGACCACUGGUAUGAGUUUCAUCCUUGAUGCUAUCACACAGCUCUUUCUCAAUGUCUUUGCUAGUUUCUACAUCAGCAGAAAACUUUAUAAAAGAGUUAUUAUUUAUGUAAAAAAUAUUAACAUAAAAUUAAGAGAAAUAUAAAGCAGCUGAAGACACACAGGUGCUAGUAGGGAAUGCUAUCCAAGAUAUAUUGUUGAGUGAAAAAAGCAGGUUUCUCAACUAUGUGUAUAGUAUGUUCCAACUUGUUUACAAAAGGGUGUGUGUGUGUGUGUGUGUGUGUGUGUGUGUGUGUGUACAUAUAUUUGUAUGGGAAUAGAUUGGUUUGAAAAAACACAGAAGAAACUGAGUGAUUGCCAUUGGGUGCAGGAGUUCAGGAAUGGGGUCUGCAAUAGGAGGGAAAUCUCCUUUUUAUUGUAUACUGCUUAAAUUUUUAAAUAAUGUACAUAUAUUAUUUUCAGAAUUAAGAUCCUUUUAAUAUGUAUAAAUCAACACUAAUGAACAUUUUCAUUGAACCCACUCCACAAUGUUGUUUGACAAAGUAAAACUUUAUGUCUGUUCCUAAAUGAGCAUAUGUUGUUAAAUUUGAUAAUGAAUUCACAAAGGCUUUUCCUUUCAAAUAUGUUCUUUCAUUAAAAUAAUGAAUUACAGCUAAAACUCAGCACCAUGUUUCUUCAGUUCGCCAUAUUUUUAAAGAUUGAUGAUGAAUUGUGAUUGCAGUUGAAUGAAAGUGAUUUUCUGAAUAAUCACUCCAUUUUGUUUCAUAUCCAAAGUGCUUAUACAUGAAUACCUCACUCUGGGAUUUCAGAUGUAUUGCAACAAAUGGCACUACUUCCUGUUCUUGCCCAAUAGCAGACCUUGUUCAUGGUCAUUGCUUCUGAACAAAUAUGUGAUUAAAUGCCAUCUUUGCAAAUA